GUAGGAGCGCGGGGACCGGGACGGGCCCUCCGACCUCGCCCUCGCUGGGCCCCGUCUGAGCGCGCGCGACCCCCGCUCCCGCUCCGGGACGCGCUCGCCGAGGAGGCGGUGACUGGGGAGGGGCCGCCGCCGCCCCCGCCUGCCUCCCAGGGCCCGGAGCGCGCGUGGCCCGGAGCCGCGGGCGCCGCGCGGGGACUCACUGUGCAGCGCGCCUCGCCCGGACUCGGCUGACUCGCUCGGCGCGGGCGGGCGAGAGGAUGCUGGCGGACUUCCCCGGCCUCGGCCCGCGCUCCCGCCGGGGAGGGCCCGGCGCGCGCCCCUAGCCGCCGCCGCGACCACCGCGCGCGCCAGAGAGAGGGGCUCCGGGCGCCGCGCGCGCCGCCGCCCGCGCCAGCUGCCGCGGCCCCGACCCCGGCCCCUCAGCCGCAGCCCCGGGGGCGGGCGCGCUUGGCCCGCGCCCCCGGAUUUUCCAGCGCCCGUCGCCGCCUCCUCCUUCCUCCUGCGGCCGGGCGCCGGUGGAUGCUGAGGGGCAGCCCUGCGCCUCUGCCGGCGGAAUCCCGGGCCUGACGGCAGGGGAGUAGCGCCCCGGCCGGGGCCGGGGGCCGUGGCGCUGGAGGGGCGGCGGGGCUCGGCGGGGAGCAGCCUCUGGGCGAGCUGAGCCUUUCCGCCCCGGCCCGCGGUUCGCGUGACCCGGUCCUGCAGCCAAGCGCGGGGACCGUCCCGGCGCACGCGGCUCCCGAGUUCCCGCACAGUUCCAGAUGAUUCGUGCCACCUGUGCCCUGGAAAUCCAUUCUCUGUUCCUGCCCCAGGUGGCCACCUUUCAACCCCAGCCAGGAAGAGGCUUUCGGCCCUCUCCAGGUCUCAGAAAGCCCUGGUAGGUGGCCUGUUUGAGAGCUUCCUGUCCAGUCCACUUCACCAGGGCCAGCCAGGAUGCCGAGGAAUCAGGGCUUCUCUGAGCCUGAGUACUCAGCUGAGUACUCGGCAGAAUACUCCGUCAGCCUGCCCUCUGACCCUGAACGUGGGGUAGGCCGGACCCAUGAAAUCUCCGUCAGGAACUCGGGCUCUUGCCUGUGCCUGCCUCGCUUCAUGCGGCUGACCUUUGUGCCUGAGUCCUUGGAGAACCUCUACCAGACUUACUUCAAAAGGCAGCGCCAUGAGACCCUGCAGGUGCUGGUGGUCUUCGCAGCCCUCUUUGACUGCUACGUGGUGGUCAUGUGCGCUGUGGUCUUCUCCAGUGACAAGCUGGCUCCCCUCAUUGUGGCUGGGAUUGGGCUGGUAUUGGACAUCAUCCUCUUCGUGCUCUGCAAAAAGGGGCUGCUCCCCGACCGGGUUACCCGAAAGGCGGUACCCUACCUGCUGUGGUUGCUGAUAACAGCCCAGAUCUUCUCCUACCUGGGCCUGAACUUCGCCCGUGCCCAUGCCGCCAGUGACACAGUGGGCUGGCAGGCCUUUUUCAUCUUCUCCUUCUUCAUCACGCUGCCCCUCAGCCUCAGCCCCAUCGUGAUCAUCUCUGUGAUCUCCUGUGUUGUGCACACGCUUGUCCUGGGAGUCACCGUGGCCCAGCAGCAGCAGGACGAGCUGCAGGGCAUACAGCUGCUGAGGGAGAUCCUGGCCAACGUCUUCCUCUACCUGUGCGCCAUCAUCGUGGGCAUCAUGUCCUACUACAUGGCAGACCGCAAGCACCGCAAGGCCUUUCUGGAGGCCCGCCAGUCGCUGGAGGUGAAGAUGAACCUGGAGGAGCAGAGCCAGCAGCAGGAAAACCUUAUGCUCUCCAUCCUGCCCAAGCACGUAGCUGAUGAGAUGCUGAAGGACAUGAAGAAAGACGAGAGCCAGAAGGACCAGCAGCAGUUUAACACCAUGUACAUGUACCGACACGAGAACGUCAGCAUCCUCUUUGCAGACAUCGUGGGCUUCACCCAGCUGUCGUCUGCAUGUAGUGCCCAGGAGCUUGUGAAGCUGCUCAAUGAGCUCUUUGCCCGCUUUGACAAGCUGGCAGCUAAAUACCACCAGCUGCGGAUCAAGAUCCUGGGUGACUGUUACUACUGCAUCUGUGGGCUGCCUGACUACCGGGAGGACCACGCGGUCUGCUCCAUCCUCAUGGGGCUCGCCAUGGUGGAGGCCAUCUCGUAUGUGCGGGAGAAGACCAAGACCGGGGUGGACAUGCGUGUGGGGGUACACACAGGCACUGUGCUGGGUGGCGUCCUGGGCCAGAAGCGCUGGCAGUACGAUGUGUGGUCCACCGAUGUCACUGUGGCCAACAAGAUGGAGGCUGGUGGCAUUCCCGGGCGUGUGCACAUCUCCCAGAGCACCAUGGACUGCCUGAAAGGAGAGUUCGACGUGGAGCCAGGUGAAGGGGGCAGCCGCUGUGAUUACCUAGAGGAGAAGGGCAUCGAAACCUACCUCAUCAUUGCCUCCAAGCCCGAGGUGAAGAAAACAGCCACCCAAAAUGGCCUCAAUGGCUCGGCCCUGCCAAAUGGAGCUCCGGUCUCAAUGCCCAGCUCUCCAACCCUUAUUGAGACGAAGGAACCCAAUGGGAGUGCCCAGGCCGGUGGCUCCACGUCGGAGGAAGCUGAGGAGCAGGAGGCCCAGGCAGACAACCCCUCAUUUCCCAACCCCCGCCGGAGGCUGCGCCUCCAGGACCUGGCUGACCGCGUGGUGGAUGCCUCUGAGGAUGAGCAUGAGCUCAACCAGCUACUCAACGAGGCCCUGCUGGAGCGAGAGUCUGCCCAGGUGGUAAAGAAGAGAAACACCUUUCUUCUAUCCAUGCGGUUCAUGGACCCGGAGAUGGAAAUCCGCUACUCUGUGGAGAAGGAAAAGCAGAGUGGGGCUGCCUUCAGCUGCUCCUGCGUGGUCCUCCUCUGCACUGCCCUGGUCGAGAUACUCAUCGACCCCUGGCUGAUGACAAACUAUGUGACCUUUGUGGUUGGGGAGAUUCUGCUCCUGAUCUUGACCAUCUGCUCAAUGGCUGCCAUCUUCCCCCGGGCCUUUCCUAAGAAGCUUGUGGCCUUCUCAACUUGGAUCGACCGGACCCGCUGGGCCAGGAACACCUGGGCCAUGUUAGCCAUCUUCAUUCUGGUUAUGGCAAACGUUGUAGACAUGCUCAGCUGUCUCCAGUACUACACCGGACCCUACAAUGGAACUGCAGGGACGGAGCUGGAGGGAGGCUGCCUGGAGAACCCCAAGUAUUACAACUACAUCGCCGUGCUAUCCCUCAUCGCCACCAUCAUGCUGGUGCAGGUCAGCCAUAUGGUGAAGCUCACACUCAUGCUGCUCGUCACGGGUGCGGUGGCCGCCAUCAACCUCUAUGCCUGGUGCCCCAUCUUUGAUGAAUACGACCACAAACGCUUUCAGGAACAUGACUUUCCUAUGGUGGCCUUAGAGAAAAUGCAGGUAUUUUCUACACCUGGGCUUAAUGGCACUGACAGGCUGCCGCUGGUGCCUUCUAAGUACUCAAUGACAGUGAUGAUGUUCAUCAUGAUGCUGAGCUUUUACUACUUCUCCCGCCACGUGGAAAAGCUGGCGAGGACGCUGUUCCUGUGGAAGAUUGAAGUCCAUGACCAAAAGGAACGUGUCUAUGAGAUGCGACGCUGGAACGAAGCCUUGGUCACCAACAUGUUGCCUGAGCAUGUUGCACGCCAUUUCCUGGGUUCCAAGAAGAGAGAUGAGGAGUUAUACAGCCAGUCUUAUGAUGAGAUUGGAGUCAUGUUCGCCUCCCUACCCAACUUUGCUGACUUCUACACUGAAGAGAGCAUCAAUAAUGGUGGCAUUGAGUGUCUGCGCUUCCUCAACGAGAUCAUCUCCGAUUUCGACUCACUCCUCGACAAUCCCAAAUUCCGGGUCAUCACCAAGAUCAAAACCAUUGGCAGCACGUAUAUGGCAGCUUCAGGAGUCACCCCAGAUGUCAACACUAAUGGCUUUUCCAGCUCCAAUAAGGAGGAAAAGUCAGACAAGGAGCGCUGGCAGCACCUGGCUGACCUGGCUGACUUUGCACUAGCCAUGAAGGAUACACUUACAAACAUCAACAACCAGUCCUUCAACAACUUCAUGCUGCGCAUAGGCAUGAACAAAGGAGGGGUUCUGGCUGGGGUCAUUGGAGCCCGGAAACCACACUACGAUAUAUGGGGCAACACAGUCAAUGUGGCCAGCAGGAUGGAGUCCACAGGGGUCAUGGGCAACAUUCAGGUCGUAGAAGAAACGCAGGUCAUCCUCCGAGAGUACGGCUUUCGCUUUGUGAGACGAGGUCCCAUCUUUGUGAAAGGGAAGGGCGAGCUUCUGACCUUUUUCUUAAAGGGGAAGGAUAAGCCAGCUGCCUUCCCCAAUGGCUCCUCUGUUACACUGCCCCAUCAGGUGGUGGACAACUCCUGAAUGGCCUCUGAUCCCACAACGGCCCACAUGGGAAGGGAGAGGUUUUUUUCUUUUUGGAACUGAAGAAAGGCCUUCAGAAAGGGCAAUGACCACAUCUUGAUGUUCCUGAAUUGUUGAAGUGCACACUCCCGUAGACUUUAGGUUUAAAAAUCUUAAGCCUUCAUUUGUUUGUGGAUAUGUCAGCUCUGAGGGUGGCCAUACUAUUCUUCAGUGUGCCUGUAGCUUCCCCAGUGUAGGGGGUCUUAGGCGUAGUACUGAACAGUCCUUCCAGAGCCCCAGUUACAACUCAGCCCUUCUUCCCCCAGAGAGGCCAUGGCCACUGUGAGUAAGAAUUCAGCAGAGGUGGAACGAAGCUGCCUUUGCCCCGGGCUGGGAGCACAGGUACAGGAGCUUUGCUAAAAAGAGUAGAGCGUGGCAGAGCUAGACACUGCUGGAGAAUGCUCCACUCCUGGUUGGAACCUGACGGCAGUGCUUUCGUUGUGAAGAGAGCUCCAGUGGGACCUGAUUGUCUCCGCAGGGUCCCAGUUAGGUUAAAUGGUCCUUGUCCUGAUGUGCCUGGUAAUCUUGAAAGGUUCUUCUGGAACCCCCAAUCACCUUAGUCAUGAGAGCAGAAAGUGCAAUAUUUCCUUUCACCUGGUAGGGGGAGGGGGGUUAUUUCUGAAAGAAAAAUAUAUAAACAGAUCUUCUACAUUUAUAUUUUUAACCUGUUAAAAACUUUCCAAUAUUGCCUUGCCUUUUGAGCUCUUGCUACGGUCGCCUUUGCUACUGCUUUAAGAGAAUUUACAGGUAUUGAUAAAGAACAAGACUGUUUUAUUAAAAGCUUUACUCAACUUGAAUGGAAUCAUUGAGGAGAUUCUGUUAAUGCACCCUACUAAGUGCUUCAGCAGCCCAACCAAAUGCUUAGAAGAACUUGAACUGAGACAUCUUUUAUUCUUCUUUUUUAAAUUUUUAGUGUAGAUGGACAUAAUACCUUUAUUUAUUUAUUAUGUGGUGCUGAGGAUUAAGCCCAGUGCCUCACAUGGGCUAGGCAAGUGCUCUCCCACCAAGCCACAACCUGAGCCCCUUUUAUUCUUAAACUGCUUUAAGGUCGGCCCAGGCUGCGCUCUUCCAAGUGUUCACUGGAGCUCCCACACAUGGAUGUGCCUCACGUUCGUGAGAUCCAGGAAGUGGCCAUUUCAGAGCGAAGCAUGAAUAUAACUGUGGGCCUCAGGAAGUAACCCCUAUUAUCUGUAAAUGGGCAAAGGAGGGACAGGAAUUGAAAGGAGGAAGCUGAUCAGCUAGACUUGGGUUUUCACAGCUGUCCACCUACCCUAAGCCAGGGAAAAGUAAGUACCAGCACAUGGUUACAGGGAGAAACAACACACUGAAAGGCCCUGAAGAUGGAGUGUGAGAUUGUGCAGCCAUGGCCUGGAGGUUCUAGGAGGGGAAAGGAAGACAUGAAAAAAAGAGGGUCCAUUUCCAUUUGUAAGAUUCCAACAAUUUUUCCUCAAAAUGACUAUAUGCACUAAGCUCUCUACUAAAAUGCUUUAGGAAACAAGAUAUUAGGCACAAAACCCUAAUUAUUUUAUCUUUAGUUCUCUGGCACAUCAUAUUAUAAAACAGUGGCCACUGUUCCAAAUCAAAGUAAACACACUUCCCUUCCUAUGAUCUAUCCCAUAUCUGGAGUGUCCUAAGAACUUUCUUUUAGUGGGCCUGGGGUUGUGGCUCAGUGGUAGAGUGCUUGCCUAACAUUUGUGAGGCACUGGGUUCGAUUCUCAGCACCACAUAUAAUGUACAUUUACAUGUAGGUCCGCCAAAAUGUAAAAAAAAGAUACUUGUUUAAAAAAAUACUUUUCUUUUCAAAGUCUUAGGAAAAUGAGGCAAAAUUACUCAAAGGUUUCAUAAAAGGUAGAAAUGUUCCUUAGUCUUUCAUAAAAUAAGUCCUACUACCCCACAAAAAGUUCUGAUUUGGAACUAAAACAAGAUUAAAUCAAUUAAUGCCUCAGAAGAAGAGAUGAUCCUGAGCACUGAUAACAAGUGAUCAACCAUGGAGAAUUGUCUAAAAAUUCCAGUGCCUAUGGGAGUCAAAUUUGCUUCUUGUCAUUCUGAUGAAGAAGCAGGUAUCUAUUCUUAGGGCAAGGAUGGUCCCCAAGCAAGGAGUCAGAGCCUUUCAGUUUUCAGUUCUAGGACCACACCCAGGACUGGGGACAGUACUAGUGCACUCACUUCAGAUGUGCUCCCAAUGGAAACAUUAUUUUAGGAGGCCAGACUCAAAUCCAGCUUUUCUCCUUCUCUUGAAAAUGAAGCAAACACUCGAUGCAGUGGCACUGUACAGAACAAUGUUUCAUGAGAUGCUCUCUGCUUUUCCCAUGCAGUGGACAAUGUUUCCAUUCCUAAAAAACAGAGAUUUUCUCAGUCUCAUUUGAGUGCAACUAGGGGAAUCACAACCUGGAUUACCACUAUUCUGGACACCUUUUUUUGGUUUGGAGCUGAGAGUCUGCCCCUUAUUAAGCCAAUGUAAUUGAGACCAGGAUUUGAAACAGACUCUGCCCAGGGAAAUAACACCUAUGGUGUGAAACUUGUGGCACCUUCACAAUUUCUGCCUCCUAAAUACGUUUUACUCAACUUUUCAUCAUUGUCAAUGUCACAUUGUUAUGGCACACUUAACUGAGAGAAGCUCGCUCGUGCACACAUGCACUUGUUAUGGUACAUUUAACUGAAUGGAGUCUUUUGGCUCCAUUCACCAUAGAUGACCCUAUGAUUCAGUCUUUCUUCAAGAGGGUCUCCAACGAAAAGAUAAGAACAUGGGCUGAGUUGGGUGUGGCAAGGAGGGGGAAAACUAGGAUAAUUAUAUAUGCCAUUUUCAAAGAAGAAAGGAAAAAAUGAUAAAAACAAUAUUCUUUGUGUCUUACUGAGUAAAUUUAUAGUAUGAAAACAGAAGAAAAUUCUCAAGGGGUUCACUUAAUGUAGUCUACCUGAUUUACCUGCUUCAAUGUGAAUAAACCAGAGCAUAUUAUAUUUCUUCAAUGAGGUGUCUUUCCUCAUACCUUGAUAUGUAACGGUGACAUCAGUUGGAAGAGUUCUUGUGAGGUCUUUAUAUAGCAAUCUGGCACAAAAUGGGAAUGACCGAUCCCCCAGAUCCACUUUGUAAGUAAAUGACAGCAAGUUGCACAGGGGGUUUCUCUGCAAGGGCCCAGUGAGAAGGGCUGCGAAGUCACUCUAUGAAGGUGAGGAACAAAGCAAGUGUAUGAGGAUUGCUGCUUCACAGGCAAUGGUUGUGAUGCUUUAAGCAUGCCUACCAAAAGAGAGCCCAUUCAUUA